GCAUCCAUUGCCUCGCCCACGUGCUCAGAGUUUUCCCUGUUCCUGAGAAAUGUGUGGGAACAAACCCUACCUGUGCGGGACCUGGACUGACACCACCCAGCCCGGUCCGUGCUGGCCCAGAUGUGAAACCCUGACCUUUAUUUACAGAAUAUUUUAACUUCAGCUCUUGAUUGAAAUUUGGAAUGAUUGGUAAGAACUUGUGUCCUUUUAAUCUGUCACUAAAGAAGAUGUGUUCUAUGGCGCUCUACACAACAGGGUCAAUACAAGAAAAGUCUGGGAAUGUCUUUUAAGCUCAUCUCUGUCCAGACUUUUUGGUUCUGUUUUUAAAAAGAUUGUCCAAACAUUUCAUUACAACAUUGUCAUUCCCAGUGAAUAAACCCUAAAUUAAUGGUGCUUUUUUAUUUUUAAAUGGGACAUAUGCCAUUUUUCAGAAGUUAUAAUAGUCUAAUGGGCUUUGCAAAACAUUUUAAAGUUUUUUGGAUAAAUUCUCUCCCACAUGAAGUGAUUUAAUCUGUUUUUCUUGACUGUUUCAGGCCUCUGUCACUUUAAGAAAAGUUUUGGUCCCCUUUUGUGACAUCACAAUUAAAAUUAACAUUCUGACAAACAUUUUAGACAUUUUCAAUCAUUUGAUGCAUUUAUAUCUUAUUAAAACACUUGUAGUUACUUGAACAAUCAGUUUUAGGUGGCUUGUGGUUUAAAGUCAAGGUCAGCGAAAUUGAUUAAAUGUGUUUAUAAUGCUAAUGAUUAAAUGCUAACUUGCUAACCAAAUGUUCCGAGCUUGGCAAACAUACAUUUGCUUAAUAUGAGCAUGUUGGCAUUGUCAUUGGAGAAUCAUGUUUGUAUUUGCCUCAAGCUCAAAUGACUGCAGGUCAAACCUGCCGAAACCAUAUCCAAGCUUAUUUACUCAUUCUUCCAUUGAUUCAGAGCACCUUUAGCUUAGUGUGCAAUUACAACCCUCUGUCCUUUUUCGUGUUCAUGUAUUUCCAAAUUCACUGGUAUUGCAGGGACAGUUUAUGAGUUAAUUUCUUUAUGAAUCUCACUUUCUGGCCUGAGAAAGGCCAUAAACAUGUAGGAAGCACUCGUGUCUUGCUACAUUUACGUGGCUCAUUCAUUAAAAAAGUGAAUGAGUUUUCCUGAUUUAUUCUAGUGUCCAUUAAACCUUUGAUAAAGAUUACUAAACUUAAUGACCUUAAAAAAUUGGUAAAAUUGGUGAAAUUCUUGUUAAACCAGCAUUGACCCAUAAAGCAUCCAAUGUGCAUUUACCAGCAAGUGAAAUGCUGCUCCUGUUAUGUCCAAAGGUACCGGUUGCAGUAUAAACUAUAGCUUUGGAGGACAGCCAGCAUUGCUACAUAUUUUUUCUAGAGUGGUUGUAAUGGCAGCUGUGCGCCAUUUGGUGUCUGGAGUGUUGCUAAGGAGCGUUUUGAUGAUGUAGGCUGCAUAUUGCCUUGUCAGGGUGUGCGUAAGCACAGGGCUCUUAACACUGACGUGGACGUAAAAUGCAGGACAGGCAACGCUGCAGGAGGAGUGCUUGUCUCAGACCUCCCUCCCUCCCCACUCCCCGGAUAAAAGUUUGUAUUGAUCUGUAGGCUUGGAAGAAAAGGAUGCACAGACAAGCAUAAUGGUUAAGCAAGCAAAGCAGCCGUAGCGACUCAUUUCUCUCUCCUGCUACUUUGUUGGCCUGGUCUGUCUUUGUUCCCGCUUUUAUAACCAAGUGUGCUCAUUAAGUCCCACAUCUUCCUUAUUUCUCUGCUGCAGUGUUGUCCUCCUGGGCUCUGUAUUUGCAUGCCGUCACACAUACACAAAUACACACACGUACACUACUGCGCCCCCCCCCCCCCUCCCCCAUUGUUUUCUCCGUCUGUGUCUGCCACCAUCAGACAGAGGGACUGAUAAAAUCUGUUCCAAUGCCCUCUCCUCCUGUUUUUUUCCACUCCCUCUCUCCUUCAUGUUGCCUAUGUAGUUACAUUUAUGUGCAUGAGCAGGUGUUCCGCUGAACAAUAUUGUUUCAUUCGAAAAUGUGGCUAAAUCAUAGUUUUCUGCCCUGUCUUGUUAUCUGUAUUCACAUAGUGUGUGGACACGUCACUCUGCUCCCCGAGUGUGAGCUGAACAGCAGGUUGCAUGCAUCAUCCUUGCAUCAUACUGCAGUAUGUCUCCCACACCAGUAACCCUUCAGCGUCUGUGAGAAGGAGCUGUCUGGAGUCAGCUCACGGCCAUCGCACCGUUUAGACAUUAGCAUGUGGCUUAUAUGACUUCCAUGACUGCGUUUGCACCAGUCAAAGUGAGGGAAACAAGGACAUGCUCUGUGAAGGGAGGAGCUGCAUUUUACCGUGCGCUGUUAUUGGUCAGAGUUACGUUCUGCUUUCCUGUAAACCUCUGUCUGAUUGGUUUCUGCUUUACAUUGAGCAUGGCAGCUGCAGUUGGGAAGACCUGCCCCUUCUUUUCUCUGCCUUUUCAUACCUUUUCUGUUCACAUUAAUAACUGUCUGAGAGCCCACUGCAUCACAUGUGCUGACCUAUCCCAGCUCAAGGAUGCCAGUUUUUUUUUUCUAGUGAAUAACCACGUAAAGUUUCCUAAUUACUUUCUGCUGGAUAGCGUGCAGGGGGGCUGGAGUGACGUCUCGCCUGCAAUCUCCCUCCAUCCCCUCUCUCUCUCUCCCUCUCCUCUGUAUCACUUAAUCAAGACAUGGCUUUCCCUUUCCUGUUCAUUGCUGCCUCCCUCCCUCCUGCUCUCCUACAUGUUUGCCCUCGCUCACUUCUCUGGCUGUAUUCCUUCCACCUUCCUGCAGCGUGAUCUUCAGCCACCCUUAAAAGACGUUCUACACAAGCAAGACGAGCAAGGACACGCAGCAGAGAGGUCAGCGAAGAGGAUGACAGCCGAGGAAUAGAGCGCGGUGAAGGAGGUUGAGGAACAGACGGAAGUAAGAGAAGGACCUGGAACUCCAAAAGUGCCUACCUCAUCCAUCCCAUGUUGCUGAGCUGCGGUCCCGACAUACCCUGAGCCAAGCUACAGCUUUGUCUCAUCUUUCCAGAGUCAUCACAGUGUGAGGUUCUGCUUUUUGGGCCCCCCACUCUUUGUCAGGUUGUACAUAUGCAACCAUAACCGAGCCACAGUGACUGCUCCAGGCCUGACCAUGUUGACAUGAAUGUGAAUAAAUCUCACAGUGGCUGUCAGCUUAUUACAAGUGAGUUUACAGACAUAUCUGGAUAGAUCACAGUGAUGUCUUUGGAGUAGUUUUCUCUUUUUUGUUAUCUUUUUUGAGGCAGAGCUGGCCUCUGCUCAUAGUUAAUCUCCAGAGAAACUUCAGCAGACACUUUCUUGAGAAGAACUAAUAAACAUCUCCAAAAUUACACCAAACAGAAGGACUCUGACUGUUUGCACUAGAGAAAAAAAGAUUUUUUGCAUCUUUUUCCUUUAAUUUUUUAUUUUGUUGAAUCACCAUUAGUCACCCUUGAUCUGGUUGGGCAUUUUUCCAUCUAUUUGUUCCAACCUCAGCUUGGUGUUUGUGAGCGUCUCAGAUGGCUGUCAACAUGACCAUGGGACGAGACACCAAAUGGCUGACCUUGGAAGUGUGUCGUGAGUUUCAGAGAGGCACCUGCUCACGGUCUGAUUCAGAGUGUAAGUUUGCACAUCCCUCACGGAGCUGCCAUGUGGAGAAUGGUCGAGUCAUCGCCUGCUUUGAUUCACUCAAGGGUCGCUGCACACGAGAGAACUGUAAAUACCUGCACCCACCCCCACACCUGAAAACACAGCUGGAGAUUAACGGGAGAAACAACCUGAUCCAGCAGAAGGCUGCAGCCGCCAUGUUGGCUCAACAGAUGCCAUUCAUGCUGCCUGGAGCACAACUGCAGCCAAUAACAACAUUUCCUGUGACCCCCUCUCUGGCAACAAGUCCUAGCAUGGCCUUCAGUCCAUAUCUCAGCCACAUGGGCCCAGCUAUGGGUCUGAUGCCUGAGCUGCUUACCAGCACUCCCCUACUUGUCCCUGGGAGUCCCACCGGCAUGGCAGCAAUGGGGAAUGGCACCUCUGCACAAAAACACACACGCACAGACAAGCUAGAGGUUUGUCGAGAAUUCCAGCGUGGUAACUGCACGCGGGGCGAGAACGAGUGCCGCUACGCUCACCCUCUGGAGGCCAGCAUGGUGGACUGCAGCGAGAACUCAGUCAUUGUCUGCAUGGACUACAUAAAAGGCCGCUGCAGCCGGGACAAGUGCAAGUACUUCCACCCACCGGCUCACCUGCAGGCCCGGAUCAAGGCCUCACAGCACCAAGCCAGUCAAAACACAGCAUCCGCACCCUUGGCUUUGCCUCCAGGCGCGGCGCAGACACUACCAAAAAGGCCGGUCCUAGAGAAGAGCAAUGGCGCUGCUGCCACAGUUUACAACCCUAGCAUGUUUCACUACCAGCAAGCUCUGGCUAACGUGCAGCUCCAUCAACCAGCCUUUUUCCCAUCUGUAGAUCCUUCAGAGAUUCUGACCUCCGACCCAGUGGAGCUCCAGUGCGUUCCCAUGGAAACUCAUUUCUGCUCCAUCCCCAAGCUGCUGGUGUCAGCUCCAGUGGCUCUAAACUCAGUAAGCCUUUCACGAAACCCCAGUUAAAGUUCUUAAAACCCUGCAGCGCUGCAGCAAACGCGUGCCUCGCCCACAGUACACACCAACUCAGUGGCAGAGACUUCUGUAGAGAGAGAGAGACUGUUCAUGCAAUACAAGCCUGGAAUUAUUUCUGCUGCUUUACGGCAGCCAUCCCAGUGCAAAGAGACCUUAUGAGCAAUAGAGCUCCCUUGUUCUGACAGCCAUACAUGAUCACACACACACACACACACACACACACACACACACACACACACACACACACACACACACACACACACACACACACACACACACACUCACACACAUUAAAGACUAAAUGCCCUUUACAGGUUGCAGCCAUGACAUGAAGCAGAUUUUAUGGUUCCAUCAUCAGAAAAAGUUCUUUCUGGAAACACAAACUGACCUGCUGCUGUCGAAAACCAUAACCUGUUGUUUAAGUGUUUUAAACACAACAAACAUGUAUGUUGUACUGUGUACUUCAUCACUGAGUUUGUUCUCCUGGUCUCAUCCUGCCUGAUGAUGUAUCAGGAAGUUCAUUUGUUUGUGCCUUUCUGUUUCUUUUCCUUCAAAAAGAGUAAGCUUGUUUUCCAAGAUUAUUUAACAGAAAAAUGUGGGCAUGUUAUUUGCAAUUAAAGGUUUUACUGAUCAUAGGUUUCUAAUGGAUUCACGAAUAGCUUUUAAUGAAGGAAUACGUUAUCAAAUUGUAUUUCUUGUGUUGUGGUAAUGUAGGAGGAUGGAAAUCAGUUUUUCCUUGUUUAUUUCUGGGUCGUAGCGUGUUAUAACAGGGAUGUAUUCACUUUUAGUUCAAGGGGAUGAAUGUGGGCUUGUUUGUUAAGGUGGUGGUUCUUAUUUUUAUUUUGAGAAACGAUGAUUAAACAAGCAAACUGCCUUAAAGCAGUUGGAGCCGUUUUCUUCAUGUGACAGUUUGUGUCUUCAGAAACUGCUCAGGUAUUAAAAGUAAUGAGUUUGAGCAGGGAUGUAAUUCUUCUUUGGUUUGUGAUGGGUAAUUGUUCAAAUAGAGUUUGUUGAUACAUUCUUUUCAAAUCUUCAAUACACCUUAAAGAGCAAGUCAACCUCAAAUAAAAAAUUUUGCUGAUAAACUGCAUAAAUGAGUGUCUAAUAGUGCAGUAGACAUGUGUAGUAUUUUUUGGGCCUUUUGAUGCAUCUUAUUUAAAGAGAUACUUUCUAAUUUUUCCAUAUAUUUAAAUAAUUUCCUUGAACCAGUAUGCACUAAAAUGACCCUUUACAGGGUUAACGAAAGGCCCCCCAGCCACUAUCGCCCCCUGUGGCCAGAAUAUUCCACUUGCAACUUCAGAGUACCAGUCUGGUCUGUUGGGACUUAGAAAAAUAAAUUCAGAUGACAUACCUGGCGCUGCAGUCCCAUUCCUAUUAAAAUAAUUUUAAAAAAUCAACCUAAAUCCUUCAUUAUUGUGCCCUCUUCAGGUUAGACUUGUUGUUGUUUAUGUUGUUUAUGUGCUUAGCAGACGCUUUUUCCCAAAGCGAUUUACAAUUUUUUUUUAACCUAUAGGGCAUGUUGUGAUAAAAAAAAAUGCACUACAUUGAAUUUGAAUCAGCCAUUGGUUCCUUGUGACCUUGCCUGCAUUACUCUGCUUCACUGAACUGGACUGCAGCAGAGUCUUGGCAAUGCUUCUAGCUGGCUCGGGCCACUCACAAGCUGAUACUAAACAAUAAGGCUCAGGGCAGCUCGCCUCCUUCAAAGAAAGCUUCCUCCUGUCUUUCCUCUUGUCAAGGUAGACAGGAACCCUACUGGCGAAUGGGGUCAGUCACCAUCCCAGCGCUGCUCUCCCGAUUCACCCGGCCACACCUCCUUUCAGCGCAUUUUUCAAGCAGGUGCAGGCGCAGUGUGUAUUUUAUAAUCCCACUGUUUUGUGCCAUGGAUUUCACAUAUGAUGUUCGUGAAUUUUAACCCUCCCACUGUCCUAAUGGGUGUGAUCCUGUGAGGAAAGUUAACCAUUGAGCAGGGCUGAUGGUCUAUCCCUUGGGUCCAUGUGGCAGGGGUGAGGAGUGAGCACCACCUCACCCCUGCCACACGGACCUCAAGGAAUAAACCAUCAAUCCUGCUCAAUGGUCAACUUUCCUCGCGGGGUCACUCAUAAAGACAGUGGGAGGGUUAAAGAAGCAUUUUGAUACCAAUAACUCACUUAUUUUCGAACAGGGAGAAACUCUAUUUUAGGUUUCGUGUGAAAAUAAGUCCAGGACUACAAAUGCGCAUCACGAAAGUGACGUCAUCAAACCAGACAUGGAGAAAACUGAGGAAAAAUGGCUGUAAAUUCAGCAAACUUCCCACAGGAGGAAAGAACCUCCAUAAAUCUGGUCAUUUGUUAAGAAUAGCAGCUAUGCUAGGGGAGAGGAGAUUAUGUGGUGAUGUCACAUAUGCAACGUGCCAAUUUCUGGUGUGUAGUCAUGCUAAUUACAAACUUUUACAAGCUGAUAAAUCUCAAAGUACGUGGCUGGCAUAGUUGAAACACCCAUCAUUACUUUUCAUUGAAAUUGCAGUACAACAUAUGUGUGAUCCAGGACGUAAGGCAAUGCGGAUUAGAAAACAGCGUUUUUAGCCUCGUUGACUUGUGUUCAUUUUUUCGUUCUUCCAGGGACCCAUGAGCCGACCAUAAAGGGAGGAGACUUAGGCUCCCUAUACAUAAGACACCCCAUGGACUGGUGCUACUUAUUGGAGCUGGUGUAAUAGCGAGCCGCCAUCUCGGAUGGGUUCCCAUUUGGCCCAUUGCAUUUAUUUCUACUGAGGAAAGUGUUUACCCAAUUUAAAAAAAAAUACUUUUUAUUCUGCUCUUUCGCUAAAUCAGACAUGUGACAUGACAAGAUGGUUAAAAUAUAAAAAUAAUUAAAUUAAACAAAUGACAUUAAAAUAUAAAACCCCAACAGGUAGGCUAAAAAAGUUAAUAAUAAUCCUACGUGAUCUGUUUCCAAUGAUGCACCAGUUGUUGCAACCGUAGGCUGCACAGAAAACUGCAUCGUUACCCACCCUGUGUUGACUCCAGUUUGAGAGUGAGGAACCCACCCAAUAUGGCAGUGACGCUGUUACGCUCUCCAGUGCCCAAUAGACGCGCAUUCAAGUUUAUAAAGUAAGAAAGGUUGGGGGUGACUUGCUCUUUAAAUGAUCUGAAAACUAAACUAUAUUCCUGAAUCAUUUUCUUGAAUUACAAACAUUUAAAACUGGCUCCACUUUUUUCUGGAUUCAUUUCCUAAUGUUGUGCCUAAAGUAUGCCGGAUAUGCAAGAAGUUUUUCCAUUUAUUGCAAUACUUCAACAAUUCCUCUAAAUAAUUUUUAAUCUCAAACAGAGAUCAGUUUUUAAACAAAAAUGACAUCUUUAUUCAGGCUGAGUAAGGAAACGAUACAAGAUUCAUGUUGAACGGCUCUUCAGGGAGAAAUCUGAGAACUUGAAAAUGUCCUGUCUGAAGUUUUUAUGCGUCAUCUUUUCUACUGCUGCAUUGUUUUUGUCAGAAGUCAUCUGACUUUGAAUAAUGAAGUAACAGCUGUUGUGUCCAGAAAGUUAAAAAAAAGAGAGGAAUCCAAACUUCUAACAAGGAACUGCUUUGUUUGUGUAGAACUGAAGUCUGAAAACUGGGCUGAAAUCACUUUAAUCCAAAUUCAAAUGUGCCUCUUUCAAGUCUCCUUAAACCACCACUGUCAUCACACUGUAAAUACUGAUGCUCAAAGAUCCAUCUUUCAUUUAGUUCCUCAUCAAGGUAAUAAAAAAUGUUUCUCAGAGGCAGCUGUGCUGUCUUAUUGUUGAUUUAGAAUAUAAAUAAUCCUGUGGGGUGUGUGUCCCAAGUGUGUACACCGAGAAGAUGGAUUUUAUUGUUUUAAAAUGCUGCAGAUAUUCCAGCAUAUUCCACUCAACAUUACUCUCUUUUAAUGAUGUUAAUAUUUUGUGAAUGUAUCUAAUGCAAAAACCACACAUGCCCCUCUGAAAGACAGGCAUGCUGAAAUGUAAUAACUCACUGUACAAAAACCUUCAGAGUACCAUGAUGAUACUGUGCUAAGAUGUAUAAAGGUGUGUGUGUUGUUAUAUAGAUUUCUAUUUAAUGUCAAUAGUUGGUGUGACUACUUAUAGAAAUAUUUUUCACUUUGAGAAGAAUUAGACCAGAAAUGUACCCUUAUAGGUAUAAAUGUACACCGUUUAGGUACGUGGAGAAUUGUUUAUAGACCAGUUGAAGCAGGUGGACCUGAAAACCCUUUAUCAGUAGGAGGAAUGCACUCCCCUCUAAACUUUAUGUCUGCAGACUGAUUCAUUUAGGCCUAAACAGUUUAAUUUCUGUCUGUAGACUCUGCUAAACUCACGUGUCAGAAAUACUAACAUACAUGUGUGCACAAACACUCAGAUCUUUACAAUGUUACGGUGCGAUAAUUAAUUUUUACUCCGCUUGUUGAAACUGAAAACAAUUUUGGGGGGAAAAAAUAGUAGAGAUUUGUUUGCAUAUUUGAGUUUAUUUAUUUAUUUUUUUGCCCAACAACUUGUAAAAUAAGCCCUAACUGAGAAAUAAUCAAAAAUAAAGGGACAAGCCUCCAGCUAUGAUGCUAGCGAGUACUAGUGCUCAAUAAUAUAAAUCAGUAGAAAUUAGGGAUGGACCGAUUUAUCGGUUGACCAAUAUAUUGAGCCGAUUUUUUUUAUUUUUUUUUACAUAGCAUCAGCCGAUUUACCUCUUUAAAGCCAAUUUAAAGUCAGGCAAUUGUGCGGGCAGUCUGGUGCUUCUGCAGAAUUAUAUUUAAAUGUAUAUUUACGUUCCUAAAGCUGCAGCUGUUACACACCUGCUUAGACUCUAUCAAAACCUGGAUGGCUGGGAGCUUUCUUCAGCAGAAUGAAGAUAAGACUGAGAUCCUCAUCUGUGCCCCAGACAAGCUGGUUCCCAAAGUCAGAGACUCUCUUGGUCAGCUUGCUUCUCACACCAAACCUUCCGUCAGGAAUCUUGGCGUGACCUUUGACCCAGCUCUCACCUUGGAUUCUCAUGUCAAUUCUCUUGUUCGCUCUUCCUUUUUCCAUCUCAGGAACAUUGCUAAGCUGAGUCCCAUUCUGUCCCGCUCUGAACUUGAGACAGUUCUCCACACCUUCAUCUCCUCACGCUUAGACUACUGUAACUCUCUUUUCACGUGUCUGAGCAGAACCUCCCUGAACCGUCUACAGGUGGUUCAGAAUGCCUGUGCUCGGCUUCUGACCAAGUCCUCCAAACACACCCACAUCACCCCGCUUCUCCUCCAGCUUCACAACUUCAGGGUUCAUUUCAAGAUCCUGGUUCUGGUCUAUAGGGCCUUACAUGGACAAGCACCAUCUUACAAUGGUGAUCUUCUUAGUCCCUACACCCCCAGCAGGUCCCUGAGGUCCAGUGAUCAAAGCCUACUGGUUGUGCAGCACCAGGCUAAAGACCAAAGGUGACAGAUCAUUUGCUGCUGUGGUCCCCAGACUCUGGACCUCUCUCCCCCUGAGCCUGAGAUCAGUGGACUCAGUGGUCUCCUUCAAAAAGCAGCUGAAGACUCACUUGUUCAAGCUGGCUUUUGUAUGACCUUCUUCACCACUCUCUCUUUAUUCUGCUCUCCCUACCUAUUCCGCCUUCCUCAGGAUCCACUGAUUUCCCUCUUUCCUAUUCACCCUCUCUCUGGAACAGAGGAGAAAUUAGUUAAAUAAUACAAAAGUACAACUUUAUCACCACACUGAACAAUAAUUUUGCAGAAACAAGACACAUCUGAGAACAGCAGAUCUAUUUUUGGCACUGUUGCUAGGCAACCGGCAUUUUAAUUUGAUACUUUAGGCCUUUGAGGAUUGAAGUUUUAACAAAACACUAAAAUGUCUCAAAGACAAGAUGCUUUUGUAGUCUGGUUCAAAAGUGCUUCAGUUUAAUUAGAAACCUGUAUGAAUGCCUGUUAAAUUUAUAAAUAAACUAUCCCAUUAUAAAGACUGUGAUGUUCCGAUAAAAAUGGGCUUUACUGGUGUGAAAGAUGAGACCCGCUCCUUUAACCCCUCUGACAUCUGAUGGAUUACUCUGUUUGACUUCUGCCCAGUGGGGAUGAUAUUAAUCUGCAUUCCUUGAGGCCAAUAAAGUAAUUAGAUUAAUCUACCUAAAUGCUUUUAAAAAGAUUGUGGCAUGGUCUAUUUUGUGGCUUACUUCCCCCCUCAUACUGUUAAAGUUGUUAUUUAUUUAGGCCUGUUUAUAUUUAUGUAGAACCAACUGUGAUAGUCGUGUUCUCAUUAUUUAGCAUGUUCACAUUUAUUCCGUCCUGAGAAUAUAAUAUAGGCCUUAUUUCUGAAACAGUGUAUAGAUGUGGUAGCUAUGAAAAACGACAUUAUCGUAAUAAACUGUUUUUAGACAUUAAAACAAGGCAUGAAGAUAAAUAAAAACAAAUUAUAUUUAUUAGUUUGUCUCUAGACCAACAGAAACUAAUUAUACACAUCUGGGUUGUUAAUGGUAAUUGCUGCUAUGACAGCAUUACAACAUGUCUACCUUUCUAUUAUCCUUGCAUAAUUUCUUUCUCCUAAACACAAACAUCACAGUAACUUAUUUAAAAAGGGGAAUGUCUGAUUAUUUCUCAUUAAAACAUCAUGAGUGGAUAUUUUACGAGAGAAUCUUCAGAACCUCGUGGGUUGGGUCAAAUGUUUUGUUAUUUUUUUGCUUGGCUGACCAUAAAUGGAAAAACACCCCGUUAAUUGUGUUCUUAAUGCAAAGACAGGGUUCUUGAAGUUAAUACUUGACAGUCAGUGAGGUAGAGAGGCUUUUGCAUGAACUGAAACAUCGUCUUUGUUUCCUCUUAAGUCAGACUAGUUCUCCUGCAGAACAGAAACCUGUUUCAGUUUUGGGCCCAAAGUUGCGGUCCAUCUCAGAACCCAGCUGUGCUGGGUGAUGUCAGUCCUGGCUGAGGUGUAUACGAAUGUGUAACCUUCACCUUGUUUGCACUUAUGUACAUAAAAUAUGUUAAAAUACUCUAAAUUUAUUUUGAAUAAACAGAUAAAAGAGAUGAUUGGAAAAAAAACACUGUAUUGUUGACAUGUCAGCUGUUUAAUCACCAUGUGGAAAGAUUGCUUGCUGGUAUCUGUUCUCAUGUUUUUGUGUUAAUGAGGACACUUUGCUUAGAUUGCUUUUGACAUUUUUUUAAGUUAAGUUUCAUUUAUUGUUAGAUGAAGACACAGACAUAUAAAGUGGUGGAUUAAAACAGAUUUAAUAAACCAGUGCUGACUUUGUCUGAUAAAUCCUCAUAAAUUACCAAAAUAAAAGCACAGAGGUACCCCACCUGCAGGCUGAAAGAAGCAGAAGUCAAUUCAGACCUGAAUGUGCAUGCUAGAUUCCUCCACAGCAUUUUAAACUUUUGCUCCUUAUUUCUAAUAAUUCUUUAGAGUUAUAGUUGAAACAAUUUAUUAGCAUAGUUUUUUUAGUUUUGAUCUUGUAGCAACAUUUCUACACAGAUCGGUCCCAGCAGAAGAUGACAGGAUUCUCUCUGGCGGUUUUUAAAUCUCGUUUAAAGACCCACUCUUACGCUUUGGCUUUUAGACAGUGACUCGUUUUAGUGUUUUAUUGUAUCAUUGUUUUAAUGUGUUCUUAGUAUUCAUCAUGUUUUAUCUGCUUUUGAUUGGGAUUUUUAUCCUCUGUUUUAGUUCUUUCGAAGGAUUGUGUUUUGUUUUAGCCUGUGCAGCACUUUGGGCAGCUCCCAUGCUGCGUUUUAAAUGUGCUAUAUAAAUAAACUAUGCUAUGCUUCUCAGCUGUUGCCAUGGCUCUGGCCUUUGUGGCAGUUUGAUUGAGUCACACAGCUCUUUGAUUUUUGAGGGGCUCUGAUCGACAUGUACUCAAAUGGCCCAAAGCUUCUUUACCAUGACUCAGCAGCUUCCUUCAUCCCUGUUGUCUCAAUGAGCAGAAAAGGCUCAAUAUGUCCCCAAAUGAGUGAAUCAUCUGUUAUUUUCAGCUGUAAUUGUGCCUUCAUCUUGCUACUUUUUGUUCAAUGUUUAAAUUGUGUAAACAAAAGGAAAUUUGGGUUUUAUUUAAAAACUUUUUUUUUUUUUUCCAUUGGGUUCAACAAUCACAUGAUGAAUGGCAGCCCAAGGAACAGGAAAAGGCCCAAAGACUGUUCAGGACUAAGCCAUAAGACAAACUUUAAUCGCUAACCCUCUUGGACGCCUUUUCAUAAGCAACUUUUGUUACACCCAGCUUUCUGCUGUGCUACUUUUAUUUUGCAUUGUAUAGCUGUUAAAGAUCCAUGUGCCUAUGAUGAGUUCUGCUACUUCUGUUUGACACUAAAUAAAACACAUGUUUGAUCUUG